AUGGCGGCGUUGGAGGCGACCGUUGAGGCACCGAUCAACAUUGCUUUCAUUAAGUACUGGGGAAAACGUGAGGGCGGAGAAGAGCUUAUCCUUCCUGUGAACGAUUCCUUUAGCAUCACCCUCGCCACGCAGCCGCUUCGCAGCAAAACGUCGGUGGCGCUUCGCGAUGAUUUGGACAGGGACACGCUCAUCCUUAACGGCAAGCAAUCCGAUAUACAAAGCAACCCGCGAGUGCAAUCGGUGUUGGCGCAUGUGCGAAAUUCGUGCCCCGAGGAACUCAAAAGCAAGCGGGUUUAUAUUGUCUCUGAGAACAACUUCCCCACCGCCGCCGGAAUGGCGUCUUCUGCGAGUGGGUACUGCGCUCUUGCGGCGGCGCUGGUGCGGGUUUUCAAAUCCACAGCAAAUGUGUCGAUGCUUGCUCGGCUGGGGUCGGGCAGUGCCUGCAGAAGCGCCUUGGGCGGGUUUGUGGUGUGGCAUAAGGGGGUGAAGCCGGACGGAAGCGAUUCGGUGGCCACCCAAUUCGUGGACGAGAACCACUGGCCUGAAAUGCAGGUCUUGUGCGCUGUUCUUCAAGGGGAAAAGAAAGACACAUCCAGCACGGCAGGCAUGCAGCAAUCGCUGCGGACUUCCCCGUUGAUGCCGGAACGCAUCACCACCACGGUGCCCGAGCGCAUGCGUGUUGUCUCGGAGGCUAUAAAAGCGAAGGAUUUUUCCACAUUUGCCGAAAUUGCGAUGCGAGAAUCAGAUGACCUGCAGGAAAUCUGCGCCACAACGCUGCCUCGGAUACAGUACGCCACGGAGGACAGCUAUGCGAUGAUACGGCUUGUUAGGGCCUACAACGCCAAAAGGGGCAGCCCCAAUUUGGCGUACACAUUCGACGCCGGGGCGAAUUGCUUUUUGUUUGUCCUUAAACGAAAUCUUCCCGAGGCGGUGGCGGUGUUGAUGCAGCACUUUCCGACUCCAUAUGAGCGCUUCUGCUUCAACGACGCGGCGCUGCUUCGAGAGGCCCAGGGCGCGGUGGCGCCAAGCGACUGCAGGGAUCUUAUCGAUUAUCCCAAAAAGCCGCUCGUUAUGUUGCUGCAGUCGCCCGUUGGCGCCGGCGUGCGCUACCUCGCGGGGGCGGAGCGCCCCCUCCACGAGUAG